CAACCUCAUGAACAAAUGCUAAAAUAUCAAACAAGUUCACCAAAUUCAUGCCCAGUCUCAUAAAUAAAUGCAAAACUAUCAAUCAAAUUCACCAAUUUCAUGCCCAUUUUAUCACCACAGGUCUUGCCUCUCUCUGUACUUCUCACAUUCUAACAAAACUCCUCUACACAAUCACCACCGUUACCAUUAAUACCCCAUCAUCUGCCACAACUCCAUUAAGCUAUGCAGUAUCGAUUUUCAAUAACAUUCCAAAACCAUCUACCUUUUCCUAUAAUACCAUCAUUAGAGCCCAUACUCUCCUCUCUUCACCUCUCAAUGCGCUCCUUUUAUUCUCCCAAAUGCGCACCAUUUCAAUUCCACCUGAUUUUCAUUCCUUCCCUAUUGUCCUUAAAGCUUCUUCUCAACUUGGCUCAAUUUCGUGGGCCCAAACGAUCCACUCUCAAGCAUUAAAAUUCGGGUUUGGUGCGGAUUUGUUCGUUCUGAAUUCUCUCAUUAAGGUAUACCUUGUUUUUGAUCGUUUGAGAGAUGCACAGAACUUGUUUGAUCAAAGUUCUCACAAAGAUUUAGUUUCUUACAAUACCUUGAUUGAUGGUUACGUGAAAGCGGGUGAUAUUGCAAAAGCACGAGAAUUAUUUAAUACGAUGCCGUUUCAUGAUGCUGUUUCGUGGGGUACCCUUAUAACAGGGUAUGCCCAGAGUGAUCAAUAUUACGAGGCCAUUCAACUCUUUAAUAAAAUGAUGGAGUUAGAUUUUCGACCGGACAAUAUUGCAUUGGUUUCUGCUCUUUCUGCUUGUGCUCAACUGGGAGAACUAGAACAUGGAAAGAAAAUUCAUGAUUACAUUCAGCGUAAUAAGAUUCAAAUCGAUUCGUUUUUGUCUACUGGGUUGGUUGAUUUUUAUGCGAAGUGUGGUUAUAUUGAAACUGCUAUAAACAUCUUUGAGUCAAGCCAAGCCAAGAGUUUAUUUACGUGGAAUGCAAUGCUUGUUGGGCUUGCAAUGCACGGUCACGGGCAAUUAUCACUUAAUUGUUUUUCAAGAAUGAUAGACGCUGGAAUUAAACCUGAUGGUGUCACUUUCUUGGGGAUUUUGGUAGGGUGUAGCCAUUCAGGUCUAGUUGAUGAAGCACGGAAGCUUUUUGAUGAGAUGGAAUCUGUUUUUGGGGUUUCUAAGGAGCUUAAACAUUAUGGAUGUAUGGCUGAUUUGCUUGGGCGAGCUGGUUUGAUUGAAGAAGCAAUUGAGAUGAUAAAGAAGAUGCCAACAGGAGGUGAUGUAUAUGUUUGGAGUGGUUUACUUGGAGGAUGUAGGAUUCAUGGAAAUGUUGAGAUUGCAGAAAAAGCAGCAGAGCAUGUGAUGAAGUUGAAACCUGAAGAUGGGGGGGUUUAUAAAAUGAUGGCUAAUGUUUAUGCCAAUGCAGAGAGAUGGGAAGAUGUAGUUAAGAUUAGGAGAUGUUUUGAUGUUAGGAAAGUCAAGAAGAAUGCAGGUUGUAGCUUGAUUCAUUUGAAUGGGGUUAGCCAUGAGUUUGUUGCUGGCGAUAGUUUGCAUCCUAAAACGGAUGAGAUUUAUUUUGUUCUAAAUGGAAUAUGGAAACAUCAAUUCGAAUUCUGUUAACAUGUUUUAUUCUUGUCGAAGGACAGUGUAAAUGUAAUAUUGCUCAAACACAAACGAUAGUGGAACCACUGCUAGUCAUUGCUCUUGCUAUCCUCCUAAAUACGAAGCUGUCGUUUGCUCGCAGUCCUGCCUAAACUCUCAGUC